UUGUAAAGUCGAUUCAGCGACUGUGGUUAGAAAAAUCAACAUCCACUGUAGACUACAGUUGACAGAAAAUAGACAUGUCACUGAGGCGAGCAUUACAUUUCGUCUUUAAAGUAGGCGAUAGAGGUAAAACCGCUACAUUCUAUCGUGAGGUUCUUGGUAUGAAGAUCUUACGUCAUGAAGAAUUUGAAGAAGGUUGCAAAGCAACAUGUAAUGGACCAUAUGAUGGAAAAUGGAGCAAAACAAUGGUGGGUUUUGGGCCGGAGGAUGAUCACUUUGUGGCAGAGUUGACAUACAAUUAUGGAGUUGGAGAAUACAGACUUGGCAAUGACUUUCUGGGUCUCACCCUUCAGUCCAGCAAAGCUGUGAGUAAUGCCAAAAGGCUAGGAUGGCCUUUAAAAGAGGUUGGAGAAGCUCUCUAUCUGGCAGAGGCACCGGGCGGAUAUCACUUUUACUUACUGGAUAAGGAGCAAACUCAAAGUGAUCCAGUUCAGAAAGUGUCCUUAGCUGUUUCAGACCUGCAGAAGUCAGUACAUUACUGGUCCUCUCUCCUGGGCAUGAGUGUGAUGGAGAAGGAUGAGGCCAAGAAAACUGUGUUGAUGGGCUUUGGAGAGGGUCAGUGUAAAUUGGAGCUGCAAGACAUUGGCGGAGCAGUCGACCAUGGCACAGCUUUUGGCAGAAUAGCGUUUUCAUGCCCACGUGAACAGCUUCCUGAUAUUGAAGCUCUUAUGAAGAAAGAGAACCAGAAAAUUCCCACUCCCCUGGUUAGCCUGGACACACCAGGAAAGGCUACCGUAGAGGUUGUGAUUUUGGCUGAUCCGGAUGGCCAUGAGAUUUGUUUCGUUGGUGAUGAAGCUUUUCGGCAGCUUUCCAUGAUGGAUCCCAAAGGAAAUGACUUGUUGGAUAAGGCAAUGGCUGACGAUAAGAGUGAUGAAUGGUUUGCGAAGCACAACAAACAAAAGGCCUCAGCCUAAGGUGUCUCUGGAUUAUGAUCAUUUUCUCAUUUCAACAAUUCUGAAGACAUGGGAAUAGGCAGUAGUCAUAAUUUACAGUAGUUACUCUGAUUCUACACUAAAAAAAAACCUCCCAAUCUGUUGAUGGCUCACAUUCAUUUGUAGUCCUACUAAUAAAAAUACUCCUAAUAUAGACUACAUUUAAUCUCCUGCUAUUGAGAAGACAGUGUGCGUGGACCACUUCCAACAUCUUAAAUAAAAGCAACACCUUAUUUGGAAAUGUUUGUGUAUGUGAAUUUGUAAAUAAAAUCGUUGAUGAUGAAA